UGAACUGAAGGCGUAUGAUGUUUUGUAUCGGGUGGUUAUGUCAGCGCCUUAACAGUUUAAAAUCUACAUCUUACAGUCACCAGUUAACACGGUCACUGGUUACACCGAAACAGCCAUAACGGGGCUCCUUGUUCGAUCCCGGAUGUGUUCAGGAGGCUGUGAUGGGAGUGGACCACACGGAGCCGGAGGUACCGGAGGACGCGGUGGGCAGGCGGGUGUCCUGCGAUGGGGAGCGGGCUACGGUUCGGUAUGUGGGCUCGGUGCCACCUACAGCAGGGCUGUGGCUCGGCGUAGAGUGGGAUAACCCGGAGAGAGGCAAACACGACGGCAGCCAUAACGGAGUCCAGUAUUUUACAUGCAGACACCCUAAAGGAGGCUCCUUCGUGCGUCCAGCUAAGGUGAGCUUCGGGGUCGACUACCUGACGGCGGUGGAGCAGCAGUACGUCUAUGAAACAGACAAGAGCUACGUCGAUUGGGAGGGGAGGAGCAAAAAGCUCAGUCAUGAGAUGCUGACGUCUGUGUUGCUGUGCGGCUGUGAAGUCAACGGGUCGGGACCGGGCGGAGAAAUCCGGAAAAAAACACCACAGGUGCAGUGGUUGGAUCUGUCUAAGACUCUGAUGUCCUGCUGGGAGGACGUGUCGUCCAUCACCCAGCAGCUGGAUCAGCUGGAAGGACUACAGCUCAGCUCUAACAGACUGCGGUUGCUCUCUGAGCCGUCCUCUCACAGCGGGGCGUUCCUCAAACUGAAAACGCUCGCCCUCAACAGCUGUGACCUCACCUGGCCUCAGAUCCUGGAGUGCGCCCCCAUGUGGCCACAGCUGGAGGUUCUGAGCGUGGAAGAGAACGACAUCACAGAGCUGCAGAGGCCGGAGGGAGUCCUGCAGACGCUGAACACUCUCAGUUUGUCAGGAAACGCUUUAGUCCAGGACAGCGUGCUCAAAAUAGCUGCUCUGCCCAGAUUAGAGGAGCUGAACUUGUCGAGGACCGGUCUGACCCUGACCGACCUUCGGUUUGACGACGCCGCUCCCGGAUCUCUGACCGCCAUGUUCCCCGCUCUAAAGAAUCUUUACCUCGACCACAACAACAUCGCCGAGUGGCGGGUGGUGGACGAGUUCGCCAAGUUGCCCAGUCUGGUCAAGUUUUCGUGUCUCGGGAACCGCCUGGCGAGCAAAGAUGGAAACCCCCGAACGGCAACUCAGCUGAUGAUCGCCAAACUGGGAAGACUGGUCGUCCUCAACCGCUGCGAGAUCCACCCCGAUGAGAGGAGGGGGGCGGAGCUUGAUUACCUGAAGAUGUUCGGGGAGGAGUGGUUGAAGGCAGGGGGGGGCCUUCAGCCGGACAGCACGUUCACCUGUCAGCACCCUCGUUACCUGAGCCUCAUCGACAAGUACGGAGCUCCAGAAGAAGGCGAGCUGAAGAAGCAGGAGGCAUUUGCCCUAAAGAAUCAGCUGUUAAAGGUCGUGUUUGUGUUCCCUGAUGACGCCGAGCGGAAGCCGAUCGAGAAGAAACUUCCAGCCUCCAUGGUGAUCCAGAAGGUGAAGGGGCUCCUGUACAGGCUGCUGAAGGUUCCCGCGGUAGAUCUGAAGCUCACCUACACCAGCCCAAAGAAGGAGGGGACAGAGUUUGAGAUCGGCAACGACCUGAAGUCGCUGCAGUUUUACUCCAUCGAGGCCGGAGACAAGGUGUUGGUCCGCUGGUCCUGAUCCGAGUUCUAGGAGUUGAAGAACCGGCCCGGUCCACAUUUCAGACGGAUCGGAGGCUUCAGAGUCAGACUUAAUCCAGCUGCAGACUGUGAAUGCUUUAUGUGUGUACACGUGUUGGAGAUGACAUCGGGACUCGUACUGAGACGUGGAUUUACUUUAAAAAGACUCAGGCUUUAAAUGAUUACAAUCUGCUUGAUUCUCCUUCUGGACAGCUUUAACAUUUCACACCUUAUCUGUGCACGUCUUCUUUGUGUAUUAGCUCGAGAGAUGAACUCAGUGGGGGAGUUCUGUGCUCUGAUCAAUCAAAUAAAAUCUCAUUUAACAAAUGAUCUGUAUUUGACCCGGCCUGAUUCACUGUUGGAUAAACGUAAAGAAAACAUCUGAAACAAAACUAUACAAUUGAUUUCAUGUUAAAUGUCUUAUAAUCAUCUUGAGUUUUUCUGCAGAUUUCAUAUUUGACUGGAGUUAAAAGCUGUACUACUUUAUAGUGUGUGAACAGUUUAACCACUAGAGGGCAGCAGAAGCAACGUUUUGACUGUUUUAUCACUUGGGAGCCUCAAACAGACUGUGGCUCUUGAAAUGAUCAAAAUACUUCAUUAUUGUUAUUUGUAUUAAAAUAAAUAAAGUCUUAUCUGAAUGACA